UAAAACGGCUACGAGAAAUCUGCCUCUCUCGCCGCGAUCCAAAGUCCCAAACCCUAACGCGAACGAGCGGAUCGACCGAUCGAGCGAGGCGAGGCAGGGUCGGGAUGAUGGAGGCGCCGUCGCUGGAGCACCGUGUGCCGGCGGAGGAGCGGCACCGGAUCGAGCGGGUGGCGCGGGACCGGGACGGGGACCUGGCGGAGGCGCUGCUGCUGCGGCUGCUGAGGAUCACGCGCAACGGCCGGCGCUGGGGGUUCCUGGCCAACGACCACCCGCUCCACCCCUACUACCUCCAGCAGAAGGUCUCCGAGCAGUGCCGCAUCCUCCGCCCCCGCCACGCCGCCGACCGCUGACCGACCGCCCGCAUGCAUGCAUCUUCGUUGUUUUCAUUCAUUCUUGUCUCGCGAUCGCAUCCCAUUCUUUAUUCGUAGGAUUGUUGUUUGUAUGUGCCUAAUAACGCGCCAUUGA